UAUAGAUUUGACCGCCUCUCCACUUCAUUUCUGGUGCUUUGCUUUUCUAUCAAUCCCUUCGAAUUCUACGCUUCCAUAAAACCCCAUUCCAAUCCACACCCAAACCCUCAAACAGGGAGCAGUUGAAGCUUCAUCCAUGGCUGACCACUCCGAUGACUUAGACGAACUCCUCGAUAGUGCUUUGGAUGACUUCCAGAAUCUCAACCUCCAGAAACCCUCCCUUCAAAGAAGUAAAGAAUCUACAGAGGACAAGAAAGAACCUUCCUUGCCUGCUGGGGUUCAAGGACUUGGCAUGGGAUUACCUGAAAUAAGGGCAAAGAAAAAGGGGAAGCAAAAGGUUUCAGGAGAAUCGCAUGUUUCUGAGGCACUUGAUAAGCUCAGAGAGCAGACAAGAGAAGCUGUUAAGGGACUUGAAUCCGUGACAAGUGCAAAACCUGGUGGAGAUGAUAUUGUGGACGAUGCAAUGGUGGAGGAUUGGGUCAAGCAGUUCGAGAGUCUUGCUGGGUCUCAGGACAUGGAAUCUAUUGUUGAGACCAUGAUGCAGCAGCUUUUGUCUAAGGAUAUUCUUCAUGAACCGAUGAAGGAAAUUGGAGAAAGAUAUCCAAAGUGGUUGAAAGAGCAUGAAGCAAGUUUGAGUAAAGAGGAUUAUGAACGUUAUACUCACCAGUACGGACUCAUAAAAGAACUUAACGAAGUCUACGAAAAAGAUUCUGGAAACUUCAACAAGAUUUUUGAGCUCAUGCAGAAAAUGCAAGAAUGUGGCCAACCACCUAAUGAUAUUGUGCAAGAGCUAGCUCCUGAUUUUGAUCUAGCUAGCCUUGGACAACUGUCUCCAGAGAUGCUGGAGUCUCAGAAAAAUUGUUGUAUAAUGUGAGCAAAUGUCUUUCCCCGACUACCUUUCAUAUACCCAUAGCAGUUAUCCCUGAGGGCGCACAGUUAUUUGGUUUUCAGAAUUUGUGCAAUUGGUUAUUGCCUAUUACAGUUGAAUUAUGUCAAAAUCUAUGAAUUUUUUGAGCUGCCCAAUUUCAGGCUGUGUUGGGACAUAAAAGCUUGUAUAAAAUCUGGGGCUGAUAUGGGAGGGAAACUUUUCUAUU